AUGUCGUUUUUGUAUGCAGAACAGAAUGAGCUAGUCUGUCUGUUGAAAGAUUCUUCAAUGAAACCUGGCCAGGACUAUAUGGUUAUUGAUGUACGCAGUGAUGACUUUGCUGGUGGACAUAUUCCAGGUGCAAAGAACAUUCCGUCGCACCAGUUUCUAGAAAACCUUCCACUGCAGGUCGCACAGCUCAAGCAUAUUCCCAAACUGUAUUUCCAUUGUGCACUUUCCCAAGUACGAGGACCCAAGUGUGCAACCCGGUAUAUGGAUGCUCUGACAGCAUGUGGGGAAGGUUCCAUGCAGUCAGUCAAGGUAUUGCGUGGUGGAUUUGGCGCUUGGCAAGAAAAUCAUAAAAAUGACUCGGAUUUGACUGUCGAUUACGACGAGAAAGUAUGGCAACUCUUUUAG